AUGCAACAUACAACAGUCUCGAGGAACAUUCAGCUUUUACUUCAAAAUUCUUUAAAUAAGUAAAAAUCCCAAGCACUCAUCAAACCUUUAAUCUCUAAUAAUAGUAACAAAAGUCAACUAGAAAACAUAGGCCACUCUAAGUCAAACAACAACAUAUUGCAAAAUAAUAGCGGAUAAAACAGUGGGAUCUUUACAAUGCAAUAGCAAACGCAAUAAUCAUAUUUGUUGAAUUUAAGCGACAAGCUUGUCAAUCAGCCAAACAAUGGCUAAUACAAUCAUACUUUCGUAUCCCCUUUGACUAGAAACGAUCGUCUAAGAUAGACAUUUAUUUAGAGUAAUAGCACGAAGCAACUGCCUCCAUAGCAUCCAUCAACUUUUAAUAAUAACUCAGGAGUGGUUUCCAAAAAGCUAAAGUUCGUCAAGCAAAAGUCUAGUUAACUUCAGAAAAGUAUGAGUACGAUGAUCGGCCGUAAAUAGGACGUUGGUAAUGAGAUCUAGGAAGAUGAGAUGCCUGAAAUAUAAAAUUUAUCAAGUUCCCUGGCUAAGAGCCAAAACUUUGAAUUUUAAAAGAGAUCUGUAUAGAACCUUAAUGAAAGACUUAAAAAUCUUACCCUUAGUGAGGAGUAAAAACGAAUAUAGCAUAAAAAUCUUCAACAUUCCUAAAUGAUGAUGACUCAAUAAAAUUAUAUCUAGGAUCAUAAAGCUAUGGUUUAAAGAAAGCUUAAAGUCUAAAAGCAAUUUGAUAAAUUCAAGAACACUAGUGAUAUUAUCAACUUAAAAGGUGAAGCUCAUGUCAUAAAAACAGAUAAUCUUGGCGGACAUGUAGUGGGACAGUUUUCUCUUAGUUCCAUCAAACCUAAGAAUCAGAUCAAAUUAAAGAAAAACUUGAUUAAUCUAUCAGGAUAGGGUUAGUAGAAUAUGAGAAGAAUAGACAUGGCAUAAAACUUGUAAAAAUUAAAUCAACCUAACCAAUUAAAUCUUAAUAAUAGUGCCUCUGUUACUAAACUACAUUCAAUUAAAGAAAAGUAAAUACAAGAGGCAUCAAUAUCGCCUCCAAGGCCAAUUAAUUUACUCUCUACGAGUGAAAGCAAUCCAACCCUAGCUAACUAGUUAAGUCCAAUUCAGAAUUCAAUGUUUGAAUUAAAGAAUAUGAAAUUUGAUGAAAUGAGCAAAAGCGAUGAUUUAUCUAAUGUGAGUCCUAUUUGGCCGAUGACCGCAGAAAAAGCCAUAGAGAGAUUCUCAAGGUUCUUGACAAAGUUUGAAAAAGAGGAGUUACAGUCAUUUGGUGAGGUAUUCUAUGUCAAUUCAAGUUCUGAAGCGAAUGAAGCUUUUAAUCUAGAGACAGAUAUGAAUAAUGGAUAUGAUGAUGACCAAAAUUACUAUAGAUAUAGAUUGAAUGAACAUAUAAUGUACAGAUAUGAAAUAGUGGAGAGACUUGGUAGAGGAUCAUUUGGACAAGUUUUUAAAUGCUAUGAUCAUAAACUCAAAGAAGAAGUAGCUCUCAAGAUAAUUAGAAAUAAAUAAAAGUUUCAUAAGCAAGCUUUAGUGGAAUUGAAAAUAUUGGAUCAUUUAAGAAGAUACGAUGAGGACGAUCGUAAGCACGUAGUUAAAAUGAAGGAGGCUUUUCUAUUUAGAAAUCAUUUGUGCAUUACUUUUGAGAUGCUAAAUAUCAAUCUCUACCAGAUGAUUAAAGCGUGUAGAUUUAAGGGGUUUGAUAUUAAGGUAGUUAAAAAUAUGGCUCUAUAGCUACUUAUAACUCUUAGGUUUCUAAGAAAGCAUAACAUUGUACACUGUGACUUGAAACCUGAAAACAUUCUACUUAAAUACUACAAUAAAUCAAUGAUCAAAGUUAUCGAUUUUGGGAGUAGUUGUUACCUUAAUGAAAGGCUUUAUACAUACAUACAGUCUAGAUUUUACAGAUCUCCUGAAGUCAUUCUUGGCCUCCCUUAUGAUUUCUAAAUUGAUAUUUGGAGUUUUGGAUGUAUUAUAUGUGAACUUAUUACAGGGAUGCCUAUAUUUUCAGGAGAAAGCGAGUCUGAUUAAAUGAGAUAAUUUAUCGAAGUAUUGGGUAUACCUCCUUAUGACUUGCUUAAAGCAGCAUCGAGAUCAAAGGUAUUUUUCGAGAAUGAUUACUCAGACUUCAAAUUUGAUGGGUGUAAAGUAAAGUCAUUUAAACAUAAAGAUUUGAAGGCUGUGCUGAAUUAAGACGAUGAUGAUUUGAUAGACUUUGUUUCAAAAUGUUUUGAGUGGGAUCCUAAUUCUAGAAUGACAGCAGAUGAUGCUUUAAACCAUCCUUGGCUUGAAGAAACAAUUAAAAAAGUCAGAAAGUGA